AUGGCCACCUCAGAAUCACUGAAGCCGAGCUACAUCUACAAACUCAUCCCAUCCAGCGCCCCGCCCCCCAAUCCGCUCCCGCCCAUCCUCCCCGUAAGCGAGCUCGAUCGAUCAUCAGGCUUCAUCCAUCUCUCGACCGCGGCGCAGAUCCCAAACACGCUCAAGUUCUUCUUCACCGACGAAACACAGGUGUACGUCUUGCGCAUCCCCUACGACCCGCUCGACGCCAAGAUACGGUGGGAGGACCCCAAGGCAGAGGUGUGCGGACCGCGCGGCGGCGAGGGGCUCUUCCCGCAUCUCUAUAACGACCUCAAGCUGGGAAGCGGGGAGGUGGAGAGCGUCGGGACAUGGGCUAGGAACGAGGGCGAGAGCUGGGACGACGUUAUCGGAAAGACCAAGGAUUGGCUGAUUUAUUGA